CGAGUCAGGAUUUCUUUUUAACUGGGCGCAUUGGGGGCUUUAUUUGGAGAACAAUACUGUAUGAGCCCGCGGUACAAACCGUAAUCUACACUCGUCCACUCGUCCUGUAGAAACUCGAAAUGGCGGAUUCAGCUAAUUUAUCAAAAUCAGCCUUGAAGAACAAGAAAAGGGCAGAGAAACGAUCAAAAGCUCGAAUAGAACAGAUUAAAGAAAAUGGUGGCAUUCUAGAAGAAAUGCAAAUGAAGGAUCCGGUUGAUCUUUUGAGAGAACAACUGCAGGAAGCAAAGAACAACAAGGAUCAUAAACUUGCAGCCAGGUUACGUCAACAGUUGUGGAUAGCCCAGGACAGUGCAGCUGGUGUCAGCAUGAAGGAGUUUGAGAUGCUAGGAGCUGAUACUUCAACGUGCUUUGAAACAAAAUUUGUCCAAGAAACAAAAUCGGUUUCUGAAUCACCGCCUUCAGUCUUAGAAGCCAGCGGUCUUACCCCCACAGAGAAAAGACUACGAACUCUGAAGAAAAAACUGCAGCAAAUCGAAUCAAUAAAAGAAAAAAGAGAAAAGGGAGAGGUUUUGGAGACAACACAGCUCGACAAGAUCGCAAAAGAACAAGAAAUUCUUGACGAACUCAGAGAAAUUGAUUCGCUUUUGACAGGUAGCUAGUGAAACUCGCAUAGUUAUUCAUAGACUUUGAAUAAAUAUUUUAUUGAUUAUAAAUUGAAUAAUUCUAUCAAAUCGUACUCUUGACUCGUGGCUAAUAUUGCGGUUGAAAUAAGAAGCUGGGAAGCUCUGUUUUUGCUACGUUUUUUCGACUGGCGUGUUAUGCAUGAACUGAGAAUUUUUUUACUGAUCAUCACUUGAGGCCUUUUUACCCAACUACUCAUCGAGAGAUUUUUUUCGUGAGGGGAGGGGGGGAGAAGUGGUCUACUUGAGAUAAGUUUUUUUCAAUGGGGAAGUGGGUGUGGGGGCAGUUGUGGCGUUGCACGAGGUAAUUGUACUAAACCGUUACUUAACCUCACUCGUGCAUCAAGUAAGGCUUAAAACUAAGGGAAAGUGACGAUAAAAUCGACACACAAUGAAGCAGAAAAACAAACAGAUCUCACAUGUCCUCUGUAAAGUUUUUUAAAUGUCUCCUCAUUUUUUCGGUUUAAUCAAAUAAAAUGUGGUGAUCGAUUGUUUUUUCCGUCUGGUUGUUAAAAGCUACUCGAGUUUAAUACUGUUUACGUGUAACCAACACUACAAAUAGAACGUAAGUAGAUUAGUAGAAGAGGUAGUACUUUGAAAAGCGGUAUCAGUCUCAAUGUUUGUCUAUUGCCUCUUUGUUGUCGCGUAUGAUUGUGGAAGAUGCACAGAAGCUUUGAUUGUCUGCUUGCCUGUAAAGUAUCUUACAGUGAAGGAAACGGCAAUUAUUUUGCAACCAAUCAAUUGUACGACAGUAAGUUUGGCUUUCAUAAGUGAAUAUAACAUUGUACAGAAUUGUUGAAGUACAUUGUCAAGAUUUUUUUAUCGUAAAGCUCUUCUGAUCUUUCUGGCAUUUAAAAAUGUAAAGUCCUUAUCAAACUUAACAUAGCCUUUCUGGUUAGUGGAGACAGAAACAUGAAAAAUAAAAUCGUGGUUUGUCUUUUUCCUUAAUUCUGUUAGCUACGAGCCUUACUUUGUGGCGCAAAUUUUAUAUCUAUUUACUUUUCAUCGCAGACUCAUGAGGUCCUGCCUCUUGCUGGAGUUAAGAGGUCAACGUUUUGUUACAGGGAAACAUUCAUAAAUACAUAUUACGGUAUAGUUUGAAAUAUAACACGCACGAAUAUUUUGCUAUUUUAAGAUAGGGACGAUGGACAAAAUGUCCGCGCAUGCUUGAUGUUAAACCAUUUUGGCUUCUAGUUUUCGAUACACAUUUUGCAUGAGGUGCAUGAAAAAGAUGAAAGAAACAUAAUCCAAACUAUUUAAUUGUCCGUCAUGAUGAAACAAAUAUGUUUCAGGAAGAGUUCGGCGCUUAAUGAGUUAGUCAGUCGGCGUCUAAAGGAUCUAAGCAAGUCAAAUUUUUUAAUCGUUUCCUUUGAGUUUGGGCAUUCUGUUUCUUUGCUUACCUUCCGUGUUUUUUCCCUGUUCGGUAGUGUAUCAUCGGCUUAUACUUUGCGUGUUCUCCUGUCCUAAUAUGGAAAAAUGGCGCAUUAGUGGAAUAAUAAUAUGAAAAUAAUGUAUUACUCAUAAAGACGCAGUUGUCUUGUUCUUUUA